AUGCCACUAGACAUACGACAAGAAGCAGCGUUCAGCAAUCCAGUCCUAUUCCAGGAUCUUCCAGACAUAGAUGUUUUCCGCGUUGGCUCUGUCUACUACUACUCGACAUCGACCUUCGCCUUUUCUCCUGGGGCACCGGUCUUGAAAUCCUACGACUUGGUAAACUGGACACCCAUAACGCACAGCGUUCCCGACGUUGCGGAUUUUGGAGAGGAAUACAGACUCAAUGGCGAUAAUGACCGCGCCUAUGUCAAAGGUGUUUGGGCGAGCUCAAUGAGGUAUCGCGAGUCUAACGACAAGUUCUACUGGAUGGGCUGCAUCCAGUCCACUGGCAAGACGUUUCUCUACACUGCUCCAGGUAAUGGUGCUGCCGACAACGACGGCGAGAAUGCCGAUUGGGAAUGGACUCUUCAAGGCACCAUUGACGAGUGCUUCUACGACAAUGGAAUCUUCUUCGACGAUGAUGAUACCAUGUACGUGACAUGGGGCAACCGAAAGCUCCGCGUUACUCAACUGUCCGAUGAUGGCUUGAGCGUUGUGCGCUACUACUGGGUAUGUCCUACAAAAGUUGCCAGCGGCCAAUACAUCCUUCGCUCAACUGAGCCGUUCGGCACAUACGAAGUCCGGGAGUUCUGGGAUAACCUUUCCGGGCCACUCCCAAAUGCCGGAUAUGCUCACCAGGGCGGUAUGGUGGACACUGCUGAGGGCGACUGGCAUUACCUCGCCUUCAUGGAUGCAUAUCCCGCCGGCCGCAUUCCUGUUCUGGCCCCUAUCACAUGGUCUGAGGAUGACUGGCCAUCAAUUGUACUCGACGCCAAUGGCGGAUGGGGAGUGACCUACCCAAUGCCGGUCAAGACAAACAAGACUGUUCCCAGUGUCGAACGUCUUGAUGACUUUUCCGCAUCAGCCUUGCAUCCAGAGUGGGAGUGGAAUCACAGCCCUGAUGCGGAAUACUUCGAGCUCGGGUCAGACGGCUUGACUCUCAAGACUGCCUCUGUCGUUGGGGAUCUGUUUAAUGCACGAAACACUCUUACUCAUCGCAUCACAGGCCCACGUUCUGUAGCGACCUGGCACCUCAAUAUCAGUGAACUCAUGGAAGGUGAUCGUGCCGGUGCAGCCAUAUUCCGCGACGAAUCCGCAUAUAUUGGCAUGCACAAGGGCGCAAAUGGCACCCAAAUCGUGUUUGUGAACGAUAUCAUCAUGAACCAGCAGUGGCAGACUGUCAGUAGAGGCACUGUCGCAGCAUCGGGACCCCUCAUAGACGUUCACGAGAUCUGGCUUCGUGUCGAUGCUGAUGUGACCCCAAGUUUCGGACUGUCUCCUGUGAGGGAAGCGCAUUUCUACUACAGCCUUGACGGAGAGAAUUGGAAGCAGCUCGGCAUUUUUGUACUCCACAAUAGAUGGCAGUGGUUCACGGGCUUCCGGUUUGCCGUGUUCAACUUUGCGACUCUGAAGCUGGGUGGUCAAAUCACCAUUAAAAGCUUUCAAAAUGCAUUAAAUUAA